AUAGGGCAUGCUGUGGCCAUAGCUCUUUCCCAGCGUCCUGAUUGGCAAGUCUACAUCCUCGGCUCAAACGAAGAACGCGGCCGCAAAGCCGUCGAGGGCCAGUCCGACAUUUACUUCCACAAAGCCAACGUCAGCCAGUACCAGGAGCUGGCGUCGGCAUUCCACGAGAUCCAUGGCAAGCAUGGUCGUUUGGACUUUGUCUUUGCCAAUGCCGCUGCAACUGAGAGCUGCAAUAUUCUGCAAGCCGAGGGGGCGGAUGCGAAUACUCCCCCUCCGGAGCCGAAUUUGACGGUUGUCGAUGUUAAUGUCAAGGGUGUGAUUUAUACCAGUUAUCUGGCUACGCAUUAUUUCCGGUUGUCGCCUCAUAAGGGGAAAGAUGCGAGUUUGGUCAUCACUGGGAGCUGUGGGUCUUUGUAUCCGUUCAAGAUGACCCCUGUGUAUUGCGGGACGAAACAUGAUGUCCUCGGUUUCACGCGCUCCAUCGUCAUGCGCUGCUGGGAAGAAGGAAUCCGCGUCAACGCCCUCUGUCCCGGAAUCGUGCGCACCGGUCUCGUGUCGGACGAAUUCUGGGAUACUUAUUUCAAACCAGAGCAAUUCUGUCCUAUGGAGCUCAUGGUUGAAGUUACCCUUCUUCUCGUGGACGGUAGCGAGAUUGUCGAUAGUAAGGGAAAGAAGGUCUCCGCUGGGGAGGUGUAUGGGCAGACGCUGGAGACUUCGGGAUCGAACUUUUACCUGAGGGAGCAUCUGGAGUGCUGUGAUGAUAUUGCUAAGGGUGUUGUGGAUGGUGCUAAUUGA